AUGUCCGCCACACGCCGCGCCAGGCCCAGGGCACCCUCCGAAGACCCAACCGACCUGCCGCCCUACGAACCCCUCGAACUCACUCUCUCCGACAACGUAGCCCGCUCCCUCAACGCUCUUGCCGCUGGGCGCGACUCCCGCAGAUACGAAGAACACAUCCGCAAAGCCACGACCCUGCUGGGCCGCAAUGUCGCCGCCGCAAACGACCGCCUCGCCGAGCGCCAGGGCGACUUGCAGACCAUACUCGCCAAACGGGCCGCCCGCGGCGCAGAAAAGACGCCCGCCGACCUCCGUCUCGAGGCCUGGAUCGCCGAGUUCCAAGCCGAGGUCGCCGCGCUGACGGCCGAGUCGGAAGCCGCCGUGCGCGACCUCGUCGACCGCAAGGCCGCGGCCCAAGACGACAAGGACGCCAUCGCCGCGACGGCCGACCACAUCCAGUCCUUCCCGACGCGCGCCCAGCGCCUCCGCGACCGCCGCGCCGCCGCCGCCGCCGACACCUCCGCCCAGGACGCCCACCCUGACGACGACGGCGCCGAGCCCGACCUGCCGCCGCCCGAGGACCCCAUCCACGACAUCCUGCAGGGGCUCGCGAGCAUGGCCUGUCCUGCUCUCAUCUGGAGGCUUUCCCGACAGCCCGCUGACGUGGCUCUGCAGCAACUCAAACUCGGGGACUUUUACGACGACGAUCUCAUCCUGCGGAAGAUCCUGCGCCAGAAGAAGAGGCUCGCAGCAGAGGCUGCCGCCGCUGAGGAGAUAGACGACGUGAGUGACGACGACGAGGCGCCGAGGCGGCGGUCGCAAGCCGUCAAAAAGGAAAGGCGAGGCAGCGACGACGAGAUUGAAGAUGAUUCCUGA